AUGACUUCUUUGUCCUUCACAAAAAUCUUUUUCUUUUUCUUGAUUACUUUGCUUUCCUCGAUAUCAAAUGUCUACUCUUCUCCCCCAUACGAGUUCGUUAACCAAGUUUGUAGCAAACAAGACAAUCCUAAUCUCUGCUUAGAGGUCCUAAAAUCUGAUAGCAGGAGCGAGUUUGCACAAAAUAUAACCAUCGUUACACAGAUCGCUGUUGAUUUCGCAGUAAAAAAUGCAACCAAGACACGAGAUUACUUCCGUGGAGUGACAGCUGGUCCUCCUGGUGUGAUGAAAUCUCUCAGUGAUUGCAUGGAUGCGUAUAAUAAUACGAUCACGAGUUUGAAGAUUUGCAUGUCAGAAGAUGACUGUUCUUUGACUAGUUACGACAUUCAUUCUGCUGGAGACGAGGUUAAACGUUGUCAAGAUAUUGUGGAUUCCAAUGGGGCUCAUGGUUCGUUUAUUACUAGUAUCAAUACGAUCAUUGAGAAUGUUUGUUGGCUUUGUGAAUCAUUGGCCAGCCUUAUGUGCAAGGAUUAA